CAGAUCGAAGGAUUGUGCUGUUGGGUAAAACUGGAUCAGGAAAGAGUUCAACAGGAAACACCAUCAUCGGAAACUUUGUUUUUAAGCAAGGGAUUUCCUCUAAGUCUAUGACUAGACACUGUCAAAGACAUGAGACAGCAGUGGAGGAUAAAAUCAUUUCAGUGAUUGACACUCCAGGACUAUAUGAUACAUCAAUGAGUGAAGGGGACCUGAAGAAAGAGAUUGAGAAGUGCAUCUACAUGUCUGUUCCUGGUCCUCAUGUGUUUCUGCUAGUCAUCAGACUUUGUGUGAGAUUCACAGAAGAAGAGAAGAACACAGUGAAUUGGAUUCAGAAAAACUUUGGGGAAGGAGCUUCUGAUCACACCAUCAUUCUGUUCACUCACACAGACCAUCUGAAGGGGAUUUCACUGGAUGAGUAUAUCAGUGAAAGUAAUGAUCUCAAGGCUCUUGUUAAUAAGUGCGGUGGCAGAUUUCACUCAUUUAAC